UCAAGUUGGAUCGCCGACGGAGCGCGCAAUCGCGUGUGAUUAGUAAAAUACAAACGGCGUUAUUUCACAUUAACAAAGUGACUUGCUUCAUCUGACGAGUUGACUUCGAGGAACGAAAUAACAUUAACAUUGACGAAGAACUCCAGUGUAAGUUUUGCCGUCAUAUUCAUCAUUAUCAUCAUCCACAUCUUUCCAUCGUCUUCGAGAAAAACACCUGAGUCUUAAACUGGAUCGCUCCCUCACGUGUGUUUAGCCCCGCAUCAGUGGGCCCACGCACGCACUUCGCACUGCGCACGUGAUAGGCCGACUGCGACAGUCGGGCCUUGAAAAUAGAAAGGGGAAAACGGCACACAUCAGACAGACAGCGCAUACCAAGCGAAAGGAGAUUCUAUUGUAGUACAGACGAGAAACGUAUAUAUUGGCGGAGAGCGCUGGUGUGUGGAUCAGUUGUGUUAUCGUCGCGAUUAAUGAGUGGGAACAGCGUGUUGUGACAGACAUCACUCGCUCCGUAGUACACGCGGACUUUUUAGUUCUCCACACACAAAAAUAAAGAUUUGUCGUUGUGACUAGAAACGUAUUUUAAAAUCUCACCAUGAGUACAGUAGCCGCACCGCUCGAAAACGGAUUCUGUAACGGGAGCGACGAGGGCGCCACCAGCGCCAAGAGAAUCAAACUUGGCCCGCAGCUGACCAGCGAGAUCCGCACGACAACAGCGAAACCAGCCGCCGCCACCAACGGCCACACGACCGCAAAGCCGACAGAGAGACGAAAGAGCGCCACCGCGUGCUCGACCGAGAAAGCAAAGGUGGCCGAGAACGGACACCGAGAAGCUGGGAAUGUUGAGGAGAAGGUCACCUCUACCGCGUCCGAAGUAACGGUUAGAAGAAACCAAGACGGGGAAGUAUCAGACGGUCACGUGACGACGGAGGACUGGAAAACAAAGUGGGAAAGAGGAAAGACAAAGUUCCACAAGGCACAGGUGCAUGGUAUGCUGAAGAAACACUUCCACAGACUCAGCCAAGAGAAAGAGACACCACGAUUCCUAGUUCCGCUUUGUGGGAAGACGGUCGACAUGAUUUGGCUUCUAGAGCGAGGCUGCGGUGUAGUAGGCUGUGAGUUCGUAGAGUUAGGUGUCCAACAGUUCUUUGCAGAAAACAAUCUGGAGUACACAACAGAGUCCCUGCCAGAGGACGUAGGUGGCACGGUGUACAAGGGCAAAGACAAGGAUAUCACCAUAUACUGCACGGAUUUCUUCAAGCUCUCUAGCGCCCUCAUCGGUCAGUUCGACUGCAUUUGGGACCGAGGCUCCAUGGCGGCCAUUAAUCCUGAGGACAGACAGAGAUAUCGUGACAUCAUCACUGACGUAUUGAAGCCGGACAGUCGUUACCUUCUAGAUAUUUUUGAGAUUCCUCAUGAUGUCUUUUCCGGGCCACCACACAACAUGGAUCCCAAAGACGUCACACAACUCUUUGGUGAUUUAUGCACCGUGGAGCAUCUUGAGCACGUGGAUGCGAUGAAUCCCUGGUCCAAGACGUGGGGCGUGAACUACUUUUACGAAAACGACUUUCUUUUGACCAAGAAGGAGUGAAGACACCAUUGUAUCUGACAGCAAAGGGAGGGUACAGAAACGACCCGUGUGGAAUUAGAACAAAAUCAGCACCGUAUACGCGUAAACCAGGACUUUCAAACUCCAGGAAUCAGUUAAACAUUAUGCAUUACAUUACCUAGGCGAUUAGACCUAAUACAUAACAGGUGUGUCAGAGGCUGGUCUUUGCUUAUUACAAUUCAGUUACAAUGAAUUCACGAAGAGGUUCACUAAUGCCUAUCCCAGUGAUACAAACCCAUUGCCUCAGACUCCGCCUAAAUGCAUAAGGUCUAUACCAUAAUGUCAUGAAGGCUUUCGACAUUAGAAUCUGCAGGCUUUCGCACGUAGUCAUAUUUCUUAAGUGAUCUAGAAAUCUGUAUCAUGUUAAACAUCAUAAAGUACCUUUUGAUUGGACUUUACAUUGGGUUGUUGUAAAUACUCAAUUAUAAUCUGAGAUUAAAGAAAACUGUUCAUGUCAUGUCACUGAAUCUUAUUUUGUUCAGUGUAUGGAUAUCUGUUUGUAUCUAUGGAGGUAAAUUAACCUCAAAUUUUUGAAUAUCAGUCCAAUAUGUAAAUAUAAAUACCAGAUAUUUUAUUCCAAUACAUAAAUAGAGUUUUACGACAAAAAUAAUGAUAAGAUUAUAUCGCUAACAUUUUUAAUGGAAUACUAACAAUCUCAAGUGUAAAAAUACCAGCAGAAACAAAUUCAUUUUUAAAUUUGGAUGCGGAAGUAUCAGACAUGAUAUUCCAUUUACAAGUGUCUUAAAUCUGUUUGUAUAUUGUUUGCCGAUUGCUCCUCAAAAGUAGGCCUAUGCCUUUUCUUUUCAAAUGAACAGAAAGGGGAACGGACUAGGUGCAUUAUGGAAAUUAUAAAAGUUAAACAAAGAAAUUGACUGGAGUAGGGUUUAAACCUGCGACCUCUGGAUAAGAGUUCCGAUGCUCUACCAACUGAGCUAUCUAACCUUAUGUUGGCGGUUCCCCAACACCGCGCCGGAACGGUUAUCCCCAAGACCGGAACGGUUAUCCCCAAGACCGGAUUAGUUAUCCGGAGGUCGCUAUUUAACCCCACUCCAGUCAAUUUCUUUGUUCAACUUUUAAAAAUGCCUUUUCGUUUCAAACAGUUUGUUUUAGAUUGUGAUUCGUCAGUUUAUAUCACCUGACCUCUUACGUUGAUUUCUACCAGUCACGUGAUUGGUCUUAUGACACUCUCAUAGUGCCUAUUUAUCAUGUCGAAUCGGAUGUACAAAGAACUAUUUUAGUAUUAAGAAAAUAACUCAUUGUAAAAUAUAAAGAACUUGAAAAAAUAGUAUCAGAUUAAAUAUGAUAUUUUAAA